AGUCAUAACUAAAUACGUUUAGUGUGACUCAAUAACUAACUUUCGUCAUUCUUGACUAAAUAUCUGAACUCUUCAGAAGAACCUCAGAUGAGCGCUCAGCCAGGACGCGGUUUCGGUGCUCAUUGAAAGGCAGAUCUCCAGAGCAGACAGUCCGCCGGGCUGAAGGGGUGGGACCCGCCCACCCGCCCUCCCCCCAGGAGUGGGCUCCGUCCCAGCGGGCUACCUGUAGAGAGGGCUGGGCCGUGCUCCAUAAAUACUCCUCCCUCAGGGAUCACGAGUCCCACAGCAGCAACAGCAACGCAGGAAGUCUACUUCUGGGGAUCACCUCUCCACUCGUCCAUGCCUGACGUCGUGACGCAUCGCUGAUCAGGACUAUGAACAGCACGUUUGGACAUCAGCCAUCGAACCCGCGGCCCAGCAGCCCCCCUAUCCAGCAGCAGCAGCACAGCGCACAGGAGCUCCUGGACAUGGCCGUGUACUGUGACAACCUGGGCAUGUACCAGCAGAACCUCCACCACCAGAACCUCCACCACCACCACCAUCACCACCACGCCGCCCAGAGGCCCCCGGCGCACCACCCGCCCGGCGGCUACGGGCUUGGGGACUACAGCGCGCCGGCCUCCAACCCCUACCUGUGGCUAAACGGGUCCGGCAUCACCCCGGCCUCCCCCUACCUGUCCGGGGGCCCCGGGGCCGCCUCGUCCUACCUCCAGCCCGGGUACCACGGCGCCGGCCAGCGGCCGUUCCUUCCGCCGCCUCCCACCAGCUUCGGAGGGGCGGACCUGGGCUGGCUGUCGGUGUCCAGCCAGCAGGAGCUGUUCCGGAUGGUGCGGCCGCCCUACUCAUACUCGGCGCUCAUCGCCAUGGCCAUCCAGAACGCGCAGGAGAAGAAGCUGACCCUGAGUCAGAUCUACCAGUACGUGGCGGAGAACUUCCCGUUCUACAAGAAGAGCAAGGCGGGCUGGCAGAACUCGAUCAGACACAACCUGUCACUCAACGACUGUUUCAAGAAGGUGGCGCGCGACGAGGAUGACCCCGGCAAAGGAAAUUACUGGACUCUUGAUCCCAACUGUGAGAAGAUGUUCGACAACGGGAACUUCAGGAGGAAGAGGAAGAGGAGGAACGACGCGAGCGGAGAGAACGCAGCCGCUGCGGUGAAGUCGGAGGAGGACGCGGUGCUGAAGAUCUCCGUCUCGGACACCUCCAGCCUCCUCAGCUCCUCCUCCUCUCCGCCCAGCCUGCAGGACUCCCCCAGCUCCCAGGAGUCCAAGUCCUCUCCGUCCCCGUCCCUGGACCACAGCCCCUGCUUCAACAGCUUCGUCUCCAACAUGACCUCGGUGCUCACGGGCAGCGGCAGCAACAACCACCUCAGCGGCGCCAUCAGGGGCAGCAUGAGGGACUUUGGGUCGAGCCACCUCGGGGACAUGGGGUCGCAGACGUCCGGCCUCGGCUCGUACUCGCCCACCCUGGGCUCCCCAGUGCUGAACUCUGACCACACGCACGGCGCCUCCAACCGGAUGAACUAUUACGCGCCGAUGGCGCAGGCCACGGCGGGCCUCGGGAACCACUUCAGCGUGAACCAUCUGGUCUACUCGCGGGAAGGGACGGAGGUCUAGACUCUAUCUGGUCUAUACUCGCGGGAAGGGACGGAGGGCUGUACUCUAUCUGGUCUAUACUCGCGGGAAGGGACGGAGGUCUAGACUCUGACUCGUGUCGGAACAGGCCUGCGUGUAGCUCGGAAACCUUACGGAUUGGUUGGGUAACAUCCACAUAUAAGCGCGUAUCUGUCAGUAUGUGGUCUCUC